AUGCACGCGCGCGAGAUGGCCAUGCACGCGCGCGACCAGGGGCGCAUCCUCGCGGGGCUGCCGACAGAAAAGAGGCAAGCGAUCCUGAACCGCGUCGCUGACGCGCUUCUGGCGAACGAGGACGCCAUCCGCGCCGAGAACAACAAGGACGUGGAGGCCGCGCGCGGCAAAAUCAGCGACAGCCUGCUUCAGCGCCUCGUUCUCAAAGACGGCAAGAUCCAGCAGCUUGCUGAGGGCAUCCGCGCCAUCGCGCGCCAGGACGAGCCUCUGCACAGGGUGAUCAAGCGGACAGAGAUCGCGGAGGGCCUCAUCCUCGAGCAGAAGACUUCUCCCAUUGGCGUUCUUCUCAUCAUCUUCGAGGCCCGUCCUGACGCGAUGCCCCAGAUUGCCGCGCUGGCCAUCAGCUCUGGAAACGGUCUGCUCCUCAAGGGCGGCAAGGAGGCCACCCUCUCGAACGCUAUCAUCCACAAGGUCAUCACGGACGCGCUGAAGCCCGACGUCGACCCCUCGCUGAUCGGCCUCGUUACGUCGCGCGACGAGAUCUCCGACCUGCUGUCCCUGGACGACGUGAUCGACCUGGUCAUCCCGCGCGGGUCGAACGCGCUCGUCUCGCACAUCCAGAACAACACCAAGAUCCCCGUCCUCGGCCACGCCGACGGCGUGUGCCACAUCUUUGUCGACAAGGACGUCGACAUCGACCUCGCGUGCAAGCUCGUCGUGGACUCCAAGACCGACUACCCCGCCGCGUGCAACGCGGUCGAGACCGUGCUCUUCCACAAGGACCUCGUCGCGUCCGGCGCGGCCGCCAAGGUGGUCGCGGCGCUCCAGGAGGCCGGCGUCAAGGUCCACGGCGCCACCGAGGAGCAGAAGGCCGCGCUCGGGCUCGACUCGGUCGCGCCGGACCCGCACCACGAGUACUCGAGCCUCGACGUGUCCGCCGCGGUCGUCCCGGAGAUGCCCGAGGCCAUCGACUGGAUCCACAAGUACGGGUCGGGGCACACGGAGGCUAUCCUGACGAAGGACAAGGCCAAGGUGGAGGAGUUCGUGCGCAAGGUGGACUCGGCGUGCGUGUUCGCGAACACGUCGACGCGGUUCUCGGACGGGUUCAGGUUCGGCCUGGGCGCCGAGGUGGGCAUCAGCACCUCGCGGAUCCACGCGCGCGGACCCGUGGGCGUCGAGGGCCUGCUGACGACGCGCUGGGUGAUGUGCGGGAACGGCGAGUACGUCGCGAAGGACACGGGCGUCAAGUACACGCACAAGAAGCUGCCCGUCCCGCAGUAG